AGAACCAAACCAAACACCCGUACGCCCAAUCGGCCGAAAAUUUCCCAAUCCUGGCCUCUACCGUAACCCUAACCCUAGCCAAUCCUAUUCCCAUGGACGACGACGCCGGUGACGCCUCGCCGCCGCCGGGACCUGCCCCCCCUGCAGCCACGGGCGCACCGUCGUCGCGCGACAUGGCGGCGUCCCCGACCAGCUCGCGCUCCGUGACGGAGACGGUGAACGGCUCCCACCGCUUCGUGAUCCAGGGCUACUCCCUCGCCAAGGGGAUGGGCGUCGGGAAGCACAUCGCGAGCGAGACCUUCACCGUGGGGGGAUACCAGUGGGCUAUCUACUUCUACCCAGACGGGAAGAACCCCGAGGAUAACUCCGCCUACGUUUCCGUCUUCAUCGCGCUCGCUUCCGAGGGCACUGACGUCCGCGCUCUCUUUGAGCUCACGUUGCAGGACCAGAGCGGCAAGGGCAAGCACAAGAUCCACUCCCACUUCGAUCGCUCGCUCGAGUCUGGGCCUUACACCCUCAAGUACCGAGGCUCCAUGUGGGGUUACAAACGGUUCUUUCGGCGAACUGCUCUUGAAACAUCGGACUUUCUUAAAGAUGAUUGUUUGAAGAUAAAUUGCACUGUGGGUGUGGUGGUGUCAACUAUUGAUUACUCCAGAUCACACUCCAUCCAGGUUCCAGACUCUGAUAUUGGCUACCACUUCGGUUCUCUUUUGGACAGUAAUGAAGGGGUUGAUGUUAUUCUUAAUGUGAGUGGAGAGAGGUUUCAUGCCCAUAAGUUGGUGUUGGCUGCACGGUCUACUGUAUUUAGAUCCAAACUUUUUGAUGAUGAAUCAGAAGGAGAGAAGAAUGAGGUUAAUGAGAGUGAGGAUCUGGAAGAGAUUGUUAUUGAUGAUAUGGAGCCCAAGGUUUUUAAGGCCAUGCUUCAUUUCAUCUAUAGAGAUACCCUCGUUAAUGAUUAUGAGUUGGAUGCAUCAAGCUCCAUGGGCUCUAUAUUUGAUACUCUGGCAGCAAAGUUGUUGGCUGCAGCAGACAAGUAUGACCUAGGAAGGUUAAGAUUGCUAUGUGAAUCUUACUUGUGCAAAGACAUUUCUGUGGCCUCAGUUGCAAGUACUCUUGCAUUGGCUGAUAGUCACCACGCCAUGGAGCUUAAAGCUGUUUGCCUAAAAUUUGCCGCAGAAAAUCUUUCAGCUGUGAUCCGGACUGAUGGGUUUGAUUACCUCAAGGAUACCUGCCCAUCACUUCAGUCGGAGAUACUGAGAACGGUUGCUGGGUGUGAGGAGCCGUGCAGUAGUGGCGGGAAGAGCCAGAGUGUAUGGGGACAGCUGUCGGACGGUGGCGACACGAGCGGCCGUAGGGUGAGGCCAAGAAUCUGAGACCACCCUGAACUCUGCUCUGGUUAGGAGGCUCUUGUGUAAAUCGGGGAACAAUUUGUUCUGUAUUUUGUGACAACAGUUUUAACUAGAUGUGACUGAUGCCAUCUUAUCGCACUCUUUUCUUCACUUCAAUUCAUAUUCAUAUGUUUAUAGCCAUUUGAUUGUUUGAUCU